CGGAGAGAUCCGAUUCUGUGAUUCCUCCAUCUCCAUGCAGACGCCCUUCCUUUUUUGAGAGAGAAAAUGUGUAUCCCAGCUGGGAAUGAUCAACUAAUUGAGAAAAUGUGUACCCAGUUGGGAAUUAUCAACUAAUUAUUGUGAAAAAGUCGCCGAUACUCAUUUCUAUAUAAACACAAGUAGAGGAUUGUAUAAAAAGAGCGAGGAGGCCCGACACCCUCCCACUCCGAAGCAGCGGCACUUAGGUAGAGAAGAAGGAGGUUGGCCAUAAUGGCUUCCACGCCGGUGCAACCACAGUUCAUUGCAAGCACUGGGAAUAGAAGUUUAUCAAAUGCGCUACUCAUCGAGAAUACCGAAUCUGAUCAGAUUGUUGUGCCUGAUAGGAAAAGCUGGAAAAACUUAUUUGCAUAUAUGGGUCCUGGGUUUCUUGUGUCUAUUGCAUAUAUUGAUCCUGGAAAUUUUGAGACUGAUCUCCAAUCAGGAGCACAGUACAAGUAUGAGUUACUUUGGAUCAUAUUAGUGGCCUCAUGUGCUGCCUUCAUUAUUCAAUCCUUAGCAGCCAACCUGGGGGUAGUAACAGGAAAGCAUUUAGCAGAGCACUGCAGAAUUGAAUAUCCAAAGGUGCCUAACUUCAUCCUAUGGGUUCUUGCUGAAAUUGCUGUAGUUGCAUGUGACAUUCCUGAAGUGAUUGGAACAGCCUUUGCAUUGAACAUGCUCUUCAAUAUUCCUGUGUGGUGUGGUGUUCUUCUUACAGGGCUUAGUACAUUGGUUCUUCUAGCUUUACAGCAAUAUGGGGUUAGAAAACUUGAAUUCUUUAUUGCUUUUCUCGUACUUACAAUUGCUGCAUGCUUCUUUGUGGAGCUUGGCUAUGCAAAACCCAAUUCUUCAGAAGUCUUGCGUGGACUCUUUGUUCCACAACUCAAAGGAAAUGGUGCUACUGGUCUUGCAAUUUCCCUCCUUGGUGCUAUGGUUAUGCCGCACAAUCUCUUCCUUCACUCAGCAUUGGUGCUUUCCAGGAAAAUACCACGAUCUGUUCGUGGCAUCAAAGAGGCUUGCAGAUUUUAUAUGAUAGAAAGUGGCUUUGCUCUUAUGGUGGCAUUUCUCAUUAAUGUCUCUGUUAUAUGUGUAAGCGGUGCAGUUUGCAGUUCCUCAAAUUUGAACCCGGAUGAUCAGGAGAGUUGCAAAGAUUUGGACCUGAACAAAGCCUCAUUUUUACUCAGAAAUGUAUUAGGUAAAUGGAGCUCAAAGCUUUUUGCUAUUGCUUUGCUAGCAUCUGGUCAGAGUUCUACGAUCACAGGAACAUAUGCAGGGCAAUAUGUAAUGCAGCCAGUUCUGGUGAAUUGUGGCUUUCUUGAUUUACGUCUACAACCAUGGAUCCGGAAUUUUUUAACUCGAUGCUUGGCAAUAAUCCCAAGUUUAAUUGUUGCAAUUAUUGGCGGCUCAUCUGGGGCUGGAAAGCUGAUUAUCAUUGCAUCUAUGAUCUUAUCAUUUGAACUCCCUUUUGCUCUCAUUCCACUUCUCAAGUUCACCAGCUGCAAGAUUAAGAUGGGUGCAUAUGUCAAUUCGACCAUGAUUACAGCCAUCACUUGGAUCAUCGGUUCCCUUCUCAUGGCCAUAAAUAUAUACUAUCUUGCAUCCAGUUUCAUCAAGUUGCUUCUUCACAGCCAUUUAAAGCUGGUGGCUGCCGUGUUUGCUGGAAUAUUUGGAUUUUCAGGUAUGACAGUGUAUGUGUGUGGUAUUGGAUACCUGGUGUUCCGAAAAAAUAAGAAGGCUACACACCUUUUGGCAUUAGCAACAGCAGAAAAUGGAGAGCUGACAAAUGAUGUAGGUGGUGCAUCAAUGGAUUGCCUCCCAAGAGAAGACAUAGUUAGCAUGCAGUUGCCUCAGAGAAGGGUUACGGUAGAUGUUGACUGAUACAUAGUUGGAAUUCUGGAAAAUGAUUUUUCUUUUUGUUUUGCUAAGCUAAUGCUGCUAAGGUGUGCUAUAUAAUAAGUAACUCUUGGGGUCGUAUUUGUACAUCCAAACUAUGGAGAGUCCAGUUUAGUAGCUUCAAUCUCUUGUGAUUCAGUACUUACAGUUAAAUUACCUGCAAAAUCUGCUAUGAAUUUUGUUUUUCCUUUUCUCA